AUGAAUAAAGUAGAAGAACGUUUGAAUAGUAUUUUGCGUAAAGCUGAAAAUUCGUCGGAAAUUACAACGUCACACUUUUCUAAAUUAGAUGUCACCAAUAAAUUGGUCACAUUCUCUUUUUUUGAUUUAAACCAAUGCAAAAUUAAGUUUAGUGUCCUAGUUCUAGUUUUGGGUCAUCUUUUAUACAAGAGUGAUAUAUUUAACAGUUCAGAUGAGUGUUUUUUAGAGAUGCCAUCAGAUGCAUCCAAGAUAUUUCGAGAACCAGAGAGUUGCGACAUAUGUAAUAACAUAGACCAAGUUGAUAAAGUUGUAAACAUUUCUGCAUUAGACUUUUAUGAAAAAUAUGCGAGAAUGGCAAAACCUUUGGUUGUAAAUGAUGGAGCUGUAUCUUGGCCAGCGAUUAAGGUUUUCGAUUUUGAAUUUUUUAAAGACUUGUACAACUCGAUUGAUACAAAACAAAACAGCAGAAGAAACUGUCAAUUUUUUCCUUACAAAACUGAAUUUAAAUCCUUGGAGGAGGUUUUUGAAAUGAAAAUUGAAAGAUCCAUAUUGGCUCCUGGAGAAAAAUCUUGGUACGUAGGAUGGAAUAAUUGUAACGAUGAGGCUGGAAAGAUUCUACAGCAGUACUAUGAAAAGCCAUAUUUUCUAUCUAAUAACUCUGAAAAUAUUGCUAUGAGUUGGAUAUUUAUGGGUGGACCAGGACACGGCGCCCAUAUGCAUGUAGACAAUGUCCAUUAUCCUUCCUGGCAAGCUCAACUAAGAGGUAAAAAACUUUGGAAAUUAGCUCCACCCCCGGAGUGUUUAUACAAGUGUAAAACGUUUGAGGUUGUUGUAGAACCUGGAGAAAUUAUUGUUGUAGAUACAAAUCGAUGGUACCACCAGACUUUUAUCCUUCCAGGAGAAAUAAGUAUAACGAUUGGAUCUGAAUUUGAUUAA